AAUAGGGCGUUGUGGCGACUCCCUCAUUCAUUCGCGGAGAAAAAUCUAUGUCCUUAAAGACGCAGACGUGCGUAUAUUCAUAAAGGAGCCGAAAGGGGGGAAACGGGAGGAAGAAGAAGAAGAAGGAAGGCGUUUUGACUCGAUCAGAGAAAAACAGAGCAGGACACCUCCAACGUGCGCACGCAGAGAGAGAAGGCUCUGCGUAAAAGAACCACGGGCUCCAGAGAUAAGCUGAAAAUUUACAUUGGCAGGACAAGUUUCAAAGCCAUCCAGGCGUUGGAGUUGUUUGUCGCUCAUGUGUGCAGCCGAUCAGGAGUUUGAUUAAGGGGUAGUAAGAUUUUUCUCGCGCGCACAAACAGGAAAAGCAACGCUCGUGCAUCCAAGAGGGUUGUUUUUUUUUAACAGUGACAGGAGCCCGUGUUUGAGAAAGACAUGGCCAAGUUAUUCCGAGCUGCUAUCAUGGGUCCACCAGGAUCAGGGAAAGGAACCAUUUCCAAGAGGAUUGCGCAAAGCUUUGGCCUGCAAUACCUGUCCAGCGGGCACUAUUUACGAGAGAGCAUAUCGGCUAAUACAGAGGCAGGUCAGCUGGUGUCAAGCUACGUAGAAAGAAGUCUGCUGGUGCCUGACCAUGUCAUGACCAAACUGAUGCUGCCCAGACUGGAACAGCUGAUCGGCCACAGCUGGCUGCUAGAUGGUUUUCCCCGGACUCUGGCUCAGGCCCAGGCUCUGAACAAUCUGUGCCAGCUCGACCUGGUCAUCAGCCUAAACAUCCCCUACGAGACCCUGAAGGACAGACUGAGCGACCGCUGGGUUCAUCCAGCCAGUGGCAGAGUCUACAACAUGGGCUUCAACCCCCCAAAAGUCAAGGGUAAAGAUGACAUCACUGGCGAGCCGCUGAUUCAGCAUGAUGACGACAAGCCAGAAGCCCUGAUGGCCAGACUGAGACACUACAAAGAUGUGGCCAAGCCUGUCAUAGACUUAUACAAGUCCCAGGGAAUCCUACACUCAUUUUCUGGUACAGAGACAGACCGGAUCUGGCCUUACAUCAACUCUCUCCUCAGCAACAAGAUGCACACAGAAGCCGUCCAAACACAGACACCCUGACACCGCCGGGACUGAAAGGACCACAUGGGAACAUCCGCAAGCAGACAGAGUACGCCGGGUGAUGUUUCUUUCUAAAUGCUGGUGACAUCUUUCACUGUCCUCAUCAACAACGAGGUUUAGACGGACGGGACAAGGACUUUGAUCAAAACUGUUGUCGACCAGCACGCUGUCUGAUUCAAUCACGUGUUGGUUUGUGUGUGCAAAUAUUUCAAGAGCUUUAUUGAUUGUGUUGAUUUCUAUGUUGUUGUAGUGAAAUGUUCAGAUCCUUCAAGGCCAUAUUGAACCUGAAGUUUCUAAUGUUACGCACACAUUCACUGCCAAUAACCCAUCACAGUUGUGUCUUUUUUAUCGCACAAAUUAUGACUUCCAUAGGUUAUAUUUACCGAAUACGGGAACAUUGCCAAAGCAAAGAAAAAAGGGAAUCUGAGAAUAAAAAGCCCCUUUAUUUCUGUCUCAAGUGGCACAAUUUUAUCACUAGCAGUAAACAAAAAAGCAGUAUCUCACUGUAGAAUAAAUACACAACCACACACUAAAAAACUAUUAUUAUAAAAGUAAAGCAAAGCAGAGUUUAUUUAUGAAUCACAUUUCAUGCACAAAGGCAACUCAGUUUGCUUUAUGUUAAAAAGUGAAAACAUCCAGGGGAAGAUUUAAAAAAUGCCAUGCUUAAAAAUGAAUGCUUAGAUAUAAAAUAGUGAAACUAAAUACAGAAAAAGAUUAAAAUUCAUUUUAAAAGAAUACAACAUUUUUAAGGGUAGCAGAGAUGAGAUACAUUACUUUUAAAAUUGUGAUAUGAUAGCACAAAAAGUUAGAUUUUACAACUAUGGCUGGCUACACACUAUGCAAUUUUUAAAACAUGGGACAUCCCAGACAUGAGGACCAUUUCAAAGAAAAUUUAACAUUAUAAUCCUCAGAAUGCCCUCACUAGACCAGUGGUUUUCAGAGUGUGAGGUGGGUCUCCCCCUGGAGGGGUCCAGACAACUUAAGGGGAUGUGCAGCGUGAGUAAACAGUGAUUUGCAAACUAAUUUCUGCAGUGUGUGGGGGAAAUAGAUUGAUUUUAGUAACUACAGAGUGGAGAUAGAGUCUGGAGUGAGCAGAAGAAAGGAAGUUCAGCCAGGAAAACUCAUCAUGCAUUCAACCAUUUAUUGUAAAUUUCAUGUAGUUCUGCUUGGCCUGAUAGCCAAUGCUUAGAACCCACCCAUACAGAUAGAUAUAUUUAUGAAAAUGCAUGUCAAACCAAAUAAAAUUGAGUUCAGCAGCAAUUUACUUUAUAGUAGCAUUAAACUGAAUAUGAAGGUGCAACAAAAGCUUUAAGCUAGAAAAGAGGAGGCUGGAGUGGUGGAAGUGAAUAUAUGCCAGCAGUAGCCUGGUGUGAUCAGCAAUGAUGAAGCAACGAUCAGUAAGAAGGAUGUUAUACGUAAAUGAACCGCCUUGUUGAGAGAAAGAGCUGUGAUUGGCUGUGAGAGCCACAGUAGGAGAUGACAAUUGAAAUCAGAUGGCUGUCAGCUGACUGCAGCUGGGCAUAAGACGUUCAUGUCCUGUAUGAGCUCAUGCUAAGCUUCAUUAUGACAGUUACUGUUUUUAAAACAGUAUUGUUCUGGCUUUUCCCUUUAUUAGAUAGGACAGCUGAAGGGACACAAGAAAUGAGGGGAGAGAAAGUGGGGAAAGACACGUGCCAAACGUGCACUAGGACCAUGACUUUCCAGUUUAGAUUUUCCUGGACUGCUACUGAUUCUGCUCAAUAGUCGAAGAGUGUAAUUUGCAAAGAGGUGCUGGCUAAUGAAAGCAGUGAGGUUGUGUAAACUCCAGCAUCAUACUGACACUAAGAUUCAUGACCAAACUGUGGGAGGUUUUUAAGAGGAAGCUAAAGAAUUUGCAGUGACAGAAGGUCGUAACUGAGACAUCUAGAGUUGUAAAUACCAAGGCAGCCUGUGUAAGUGUGGAUUUCUGGCUUUGACAGUGAUUAAAAGCAAGUAGCCUACCAGGCAAGGCUGAAGGUCGAGGACGAUGUGUAGAUGUUUCUUUCCACAUUAUCUCUGCAUUCGCCAAGACAGUCAGGCGGCAGAAGGGCUGUCAUUUGCUGAUUUUUUUCUGAUUUUUUGGUGGGCUUUUUAUGCUUUUAUGUAUAGAGGAGGACAGAGGAUAGCGUCAGAAAUAGGAAUGAGGGAGUGGGGGAAAGACAUGCGAGAAAGUAGCCGCUUGCUGGACAUGAACAUGUGCACGGGAAGCGCUUUGAACCAGUAGGUCAUCUGCACCCCUUGAUUUUGUUGUUUUAAUUCAACUUCAACUUCAUUCAUACAGAAAGUCUGGCAGUUGCAUUCAUGAAACAUUAUCGACUAAGAAACAUUUCAUAAAUACAAUAGAGAAAAGGUUAGAUGUCUAAUCUAGGAUUAAAUCAUGUAUGGUCCUGUUUUUGAAGUAGUUACCCGAACAGUGGUUCACUUUAGCUUUGUUAGCCUUAGCUAAAGCUAAUGAAGCUACGCAAGCUUUUUGUUUCAUCUUCCAAACAUUGAAAACUCCAAUAAGAGAUGGCAAAAUAAGAUCUCACAGAAACUCGCAUCAUCAAACAUGACCUCAGAAGAAAAUGGAGGAAGAUGAUGCCAUCUGGCUGUUCUGAUGUGAGCUCUGUUUUGCAGGAAAAAAUGACAACUAGACUGAGAAUCUGGGUGAAUUCCUGGCUGAGAAGCCAGUAUUGUUGUGCUAUGUUCGCUGCCAUGCUUUGGAGCCACAAAAGUCUCCAACAUCUGGUUGGUAAUGCUCCCUAGUCUGCUUGCUGCAGGAGGCAGCCUGAUCUGGAAUCAUUAAUAUCAAACAUGUUUUUAAUUAAUGAUUUGAGAUUGGACAGGCUCUGACUCAGUGGGCAGCAGUAAAUUAAUCAUAUUGGCACCACACAUUUGAGGAUUAUUAUGACUAAUAAUGAGUUGCUUCAAGACUCAAAUCAGGCCAAAAAUCCAGCCUAAAUUGUCUAGUUUGUAGCCAGCCUAAUUAGACAGUAAAUGUUUUAAAUGCAAAUAUAUGCUACAUCAUUUUCCUCUCAAUCAGGCUUCAAACUCAACAUAAUAUUCUGACUCUUGGGUGGGGGAGUUGGGGUGGUUGUAGUUUGUAGUGAGCAUAGAGAGAUUUACUGAGGGCAAUACUGACAUUAUGCAAUGAACCAAAAUAGAUGUCUUGGAAAGGAAUUCUUUGGCUCUGAGAUUUUCAGUCCUGAGUACGCCUGCACGCUGUGUAAAAAGCUGUAUAUAAUGCCUACAAUUUAGCUGUUACAAAUGCAGAACCAGUUUAUGUAUCAUCAGCUUCAUCAGCUCACAACUCUUGAUAUCUAUCCAUCAGUUAUGUAAACAGGGUGCACUGCUCAAACUGCUUAUCUUUACUUUUUUUGGAGAUGCUGCAGAAUGUUACACUAUCUGCACUGGAUAACAUGCAGGAGGAUCGGCUGCGCUGGUUCUGGACUGUUAUGAGCAGACGUGAACACUCGGUCACUCUACAUCUCGCUCUGUGGCUGGGAUGAAGACCAAUGCACAGAUUAUAGAGUGCCUUCAAUGUUGUUACAUUCCUUUAAAUGUACAAAGCUGCCUUGAGAUUGUAAUCACCAAAAUGUCACAGCAUGUUGUUGGUAAAAGCUUUGCAAUGUCUGUUUAACUUCAAAAUACUGCUGACGUUAAAGGAUACCCCACGUUAAGACAUAUUGACCUUAUUAGAUUAAUUUGAGCGUCAUUUAUGUAUGUUGCACAAAGAAAGACACUAGAUUCCUAAAUUUUGAGUGAUUAGAAAAUAGAUUCAGAAGUAGGAUGAAUAAGGCUGAUUCACACUGCCAUUCCAGGUUUGAUAUUUAUCUUAUGUCUUCACUGUGAAUGUCUCUGUGUCAGCUUCAGAGGUAGCAACUGAAAUGUAACGAAGGUGAGAUGGGACUGGGGGAGUGCAGUACUGUGUGCGCAUGUCUGGCAGUGUCUGUAUUUUGAGUUCCUGCUGUGUUGUGCUCUCUCACGCUCCUGCAACACUGCAAUGCAAUGUGCAAUCAACACUAAAUAUCACACCAGGAUAAUUCUUAAUGCAUAAUGACAGCAGAGCUUCAGCACGGUGCUGUUGUUGUGCAGUGCAUUCUGAGUAAAGAUGUCAAAUUGUUGUUUUGAGCCCUUAAAGCCUUUUUCAUUUUAUCUUAAGUGCAGUAUCAGUCGAGAGGUCAAAAAGGAAAUAGUAACUGUAAUGCAGAUUAAAGUUAGAACAAUAAAAAAACUUUCAGCAGUGCUAGAAAAAUGGCAUCUGGCUGCCACUGGGGGGGGCAGAUGCUGCAAAUUUAGGUGCAUGUUAUUAAUUUAGGGGCAUAAAUGCCAUUACUUCAGCAGCUUGUGCUGGGGCCAGUGUAAUAUCACAGGGAGGCUGGCACUUUGUUUUACUCAUCUGUCACGCCAUAAGUCUGAAUUUUACCACUUUCCACCAAUAUGAUGUGUAUGUUCAUAACUAUCCGUGGUCUAGCCACUGUACUGCUGUAAAUAUACUUUUUGAUAACCUAAAUGCAACAUUGAGAUAUCACUAAAAGAAAUAAGUCAAUCUUUAUUUGUAUAGUGCCAAUUCAUUAACAAAGUUAUCUCAUGACACUUCAUAAAGAGGGUACGUCUAGACCGUGGUCUUUGUGAUAUUAUUUAUAAAGACCCAACAUUAAUCUAGCAUGCGUUUUCCUUAAAACUUAUUUUUGUGGCUGGAUAGCUCAGUAGUUUACAUUGCCGGAUUUGAUUCAUCGGAUUGGGGGUUCAAAUCCUGGUCAGGGCACAAUGGGUAUCAGUGAAGGCCCUUGGGAAAGGUCAAACACCUGUCCCAGAUGUUUGUUGUCUGCUAAAUAACACUGUAACUGGACAAACUUUAAGCAGAGCUGGACCAAUGUAGAACAGCUGUCUAACAAAGCUGUGUUGGUCUUAUAAGGGGAUAGAGGGAAUUGAAUCCAUUUCUGUCAUCUGGUUUUCAGGUACGUUUAUUUGGUAAGUCUAAGAUGAUAGAUAAAAGUAAUUCAAAAGGCAUAUAGUUGCAGAUGAUACCAAUAAGCUUGUGGCAGAGCUUAGUUAAGCUAACGAAGUUAGGGUUGGCAUUGUAACCAAUCAGAAAAAUCAACUGCAGAAAAAGAGCAAUUCUACUUUGGAUCAUAGAAAUCUCCACCAUGAUGAAAUACUUUGAAAUGCUAUCCUGUUGCUAUCUAAAAAGUAAUAUAUUUUUUGGGGGAUAUUUAUGAUGUUGGGUUGCAUGUAUUGACCUCAAAAAGACAUCCAGAUAUGCUGGCCUUCCACAUGCCACUAUAAUAAUGGUAAAUAUGCUGCUGCCCCCUUGGUGGCAUCUUUGAUGCCACUUUGAACCAUUUGACAUUGCUUCCCAGAGUGCAUUGCAUACCAGCUGCUGUGAUUUUUUAAAAAUGUAGAAAUCUUUGUUUCUUUGUUUAACACAUAUAAAAGACACAUCAAUCUAUUGAUGUCUUAAUAUGCAGGGUUUCCUUUCAGAAGGUUACAGUUCACUUUUCUGAUUCCACAGCAUGACAUAAAUACUGUAGUAGUAAGUGGUCGUAUUUUUCAGAUUGUUUGAAUGUACCCUUACGUAUGCAGCCUGAAAAACCCUUAAAACUUCCUCAUCUGUCUAAAAGUUUCCAAUUUAUUACUUGUUGUAAAAAGGAAAAAUGUCACAUUUUCACCUAAUGGAAAAACAUGUGAGUUAACAGCACAAAAUAUCAAACACAGUUGUUACUAAUCCGUGCAAUAAAGAGCAUCAAAUAGGUUUUUAUCUCAUUUCCAGCUUGAUUAAAGCUGGCACUGCAGGUUCAGGACAUUAAGGAACAUAUUAACAAUGCAAACAAUGUUAAAAGACAACUACACUUAUUCAGGGAUGGUAAUAGGUUUUCCUAUAAAUUUGGAUAUGUUUUCCUCCAAAGGAGGUCAAAUUUCCUGGAAUUUUCUUAAUUUAGUGAGAUUUUCUGUUACCUAUAUAGAAUCUAAGAAAAUGUGUUUUUCUUGUACAGACUGAGAAACAUUUAAAAUACAGAGCAGAAGUAUUUGUUAAGUGACCACAGGAUAAGAUGUUUUGUCUUUGUUUGCUUAAAGCCACCAUGUGUCAGCUACAGUAUGUGAACUAUAAAUGUCCCUUUGUGUGAUUGUGUCUAGUUAGGGUGAGCCUGUUGGAGAUGUGACUCUUACAUGCUCUGAUUUACACCGUGGUUCCACACACGCCCGCUGGAUGCUCAGUCUGAGAGGUUAAAUAAAUGGGCGUAGUGUAAAAGCUGUGCGUGGCCACACCCUGCUGUUGUUGUGCAACACCACAGUGGACUUUUUUCUUCCUUAUUUUUAUGCUGUCUAAACAUGUUACAUUCCAAGUAAAUUAAAAGUAUUUUCUCAAGGC